GUUCUCAAACUUGUGGAGGAGUACCUCCCGAAAUUUGACAUCUACAACUGCGCAACCGCACUCCACAAGUGUGGGUUAAAUUCGCGGGAUGAUGAGCUGGCGACCAGGCAAAUUCAGUCGGAUCCCAACUUCAUCCGCCUUUUCUCUGCCACGAAGAAGCGAGCUCUGGAGAUCGACUCCAUCGCUCGUGUGGAGCCUCGCGUGCUCGCCUCCAUACUUUGGGCCUGCGCCCGGCUCAACAUCUACGACAGUGAGCUGACAACGGCCAUUGCUGCAGAUGCGACCAACCGAAUGAACCAGUACUCGCCAUCGUACAUUGGCCUGAUCAUGUGGGCUUUGGGCUAUUCUGGUGUCCGGCCAAGGCCCAGCUUCAUCAAAGCCGUGAUCGCUGAACUGCAGGGCCGACCAGAUUUCGAUUCCCACACUUGCAUGAUGAUCACUUACAGUUGCAUGCGAUUGGGCAUUCGAGACAAGCGCGUGAUGGAAGCUGUAGGACAAGAAGUCAUGAACUCCGGCUUGGAAAUGGCUGAGCCCUUGGAGGUGGCCAGCUACUGCUACGCCUACGGCAAGCUAGAGUACUGGGAGAAAGGAGCCAUCUCAGUUAUCGCAGACCGCGUUCUGGAGACGAUGGGGGACUUUUCGCCGCGAAUGUUCAGCAUGGCGGCACUAGGCCUCGCGUCUGCUGCAGCGGUCUUGGAAGGCUUUGACACCACCAUGGACAAGUUGAAAGUGAUGAUCGAAGACCGCCUGGUCGAAUUCAACCAUCGAGACAUUUCAACCAUCGCUUUUGCCGUGGGCAAGUUCAGCCAGAACUCUCUGGAGAGGAGGAUGGCGACUGAAG